AAAGAAGCGCUCUGUUUCGCAACCAUUCGAAUUUGGAAUCUCGGCGCGAGGAACGCUGGGAGACGGAACGCACCCGUAUUUGCGCGCGAAAAGUGACAGAUCUUAUUGUUUUUUAUUUCUUUUUAACCAUAAACAAUUAAUAAUUUAUCAAUAUGGCUGUUGCUAGUGCUAGAAAUAUUGUGAAUUUGAAAGAAAAGGGGCGUUUCGAGCUUGAAAAUGCAAGGAUCAAUAAAUACACGCUUGCCGACAAGCUUCCAGAGCAGGUUGCGGAGCAUGGUAUCAAGAAGAUAAUCGAACCUGCUUACCACGUCAGAGUCAUCACAGCCAAAGAUAAGGAUCGCACCAUUGAUUUCCUAAGGAGAUUCUUCUUCCGUGAUGAGCCGAUGAAUCUAGCAGUGAAUCUACUGGAGACCCCAACGAGUCGCUGUAUCGAUCUAGAAGAAUACGCAGCCAGUUCCUUGGACCAAGGAGUAUCAUUAGCUGCUGUAGACGAUAAUGGUGAAUUCGUGGGAGUUGUCAUCAAUGCUAUUAUUAACAGAGACGACGUUGAAGAAGACAAAACAGAAGAAUGCACCCAUCACAAGUUCAAGCGUAUCCUCCGGCUACUGACCCACUUAAGCAACGAGGCUAAGGUUUGGGAGAAGGUACCAGCCAGCUGCAACGUCAUGAUGGAACUCAGAAUAGCCUCCACACACCCUGAUUGGAGAGGACGACGAAUCAUGAAAGUGCUGGCAGAAGAAUCAGAACGUCUCGCGAAAUCCCACGGUGCUGGCGCCAUCCGUAUGGACGCUACAUCGGCUUUCUCCGCUCGCGCGGCCGAGCGGCUGGGCUACAAGAAAGUCUACUCCGUGCUGUACAAGGACCUGCCUGAUGCACCACAACCCAAAGCGCCACAUUUUGCUGCCUGCGUCUUUAUCAAGCCGCUGUAAGGUAGGACACGAUACGAGUACGAUUUUUUUAGACCGUAGAUAGGGAUGAGUCUUUACUGGGUUUUCAUACCCCUACUAUUCGUAGUGCCGAUUCAUGGUGCUUAUAUAACUUAAAGGUGACUGACUGACAUAGUGAUCUAACAACACACUGGACGGCUCGGGCUGAAAUUUCGCAUCGGUAGGCAGACGUUACAAUGUAGGCAUCCGCUAAGAAAGGAUUUUUUUAUUCCACGCGGACGAAGUCGCAGUCAUGUCUCCAUGUCUCUGUAUAUCUGGCAGUAAGCACCAUCGUACCUACCAGGUUGGACCAAACCUGAAAAAAGAGAUCUUGAUCAAAUUAUUACUUUUUCUUAGAGAAUAUACCUACGUAGUAACACUUUUGUAUGUAAAUCUAAGCGACAUUAAAAACGAAUUUUCUUUCCACAGAAUAAUUAUCACAACAAGAAGAUGAAUAUCAAAGAACAAAAUCAGCUCUAUCUACUGCACAUUUAACAGCACGAAUAUAAAAUUAUUGCAGUAGAAAGCACAAUACAUAGUAUAGGAACUAUUUUGUAUUAUGUUUAUGUAAUUAUGUACCUAUAUUAUGUACCUGGAAAAGAUAGAAGUAUGGAGACAGCUCGGAUUAAACAAAGAAAAGUAUACUUGAAAAAAGAAUUAUAUAUAUAAAUAUUUGCAUGUUAUUAAUAAAUAUAAUUUGCUUAUUAUAAACAGGCAUCGCAGUUACUCCCAUUCCAUAAUUUAAAUAGAUUUAUUCAGCGGUGCCUAGUUAAAUGUAAUAGCAAUGCGUAUCUUUGAAAGUGAUUGAUCUAAUAUUUUUAGCAGGCUCUCUCGUUAUGUAGCUUAGGUAUGUAUUUGUAGUUCCUUGUAAUUAGUAUUAAUUAAUGUAAUGUUAUUGAAUAUUGAUUGAUUUAUGCACUUAUAAUUCCAAAAAGAGUUAAAUAAAAUAGACGCUGGACGUUUAGUAUUUGCAAAAUUGGAUUUACCUAAUGAAGUGUAGUUACGUAGUGAUUUUAAUAACAUCUCACAUAAAGUAUUCGAUGAAAAAAGUUAUAAAUGUAUUGUGAAAUAAAUAGUUUCUAAGGUUAAACCUGUUACUAUCCAUACAAACCAAUGUUUAUGUUUAAUGUAAUGUUCUUUCUCGAAAUUCUAAUGAAAUGUAUCUAAAUCAGUUUAUUGUGAUGUAGUUUGUAAAUAUAUUAUUUUGUCUCAAUAAAUUAAAUAAUAAUUUUUAAUCA